CGCCGUUCGUUUUGCUUUGUGGUUCGUUGUCGACGUAGCGCGGUACCCUGGGAGAGAAGUAACAUUUGUGAUAGUGCUAAGCCGGCUGGAUCAGUGAUUUCCGCAAGAAGUAGAACGAGGAAAGUUCUUAUCGCUUCUUAUUGUUCCUUGUGGCCAAUUCCAUCUUAGCCAUCAUUCGAUUAUCCUUCGUAACUAUUUUAGAACAACGACGGUGGUGGUGCACGCGGUCUCUCGUGGUCCAACGAGAGCGGCUACAACGACAUCAUCAAGAGCAAGCCGGCGAGUCAGUUGGAGCUAAAUCUGCUAAAUAGCACGGCGCAGGCAAGCGAAGCAGGCGGCGGCGGAAAGUGUGGCUGUCGCUGAUGGCAGUGUGACUCCACCGAAGAAGAGGAAAAUACAGUCUGUUCAAUAAGAACGUGAUGCUCAUUAUUCUACAAAGAGCGACCGUAACGAUAUCUUCCUGAACUCGUUUGAACCUUUAUUUCGUGCUCUUUUGCGCAAUAUAUAUCCUACCAGCACAUUGUGUAGUUUACGUCAGCGAAUUUAUUAUUUUUACAAUGAGUGCCAAAUUCUUGAAGCGGUACGAGGCAGUGUUUUUAGUGAACCAUGCGAAAGGACCGGGACUGACGUAUAAAGCGGCUGCAAAAUAUAUACGGAAAUCGGAGGCAUUCGUCAAGAAGUGGGUGCAGCGAUAUUUGGAGGUUGGGAAUGUAGACAAUCUGCCGGAGAGGGGAUUAUCCCGCGCAACAACAACGAAAGAGGAUAAAGCAAUCCUGCGUCUCUUUCAAGAUAAACCAGGCAUUUCGCUGCGCUAUGCUCAAAUAAAACUUCGUAAGAAAGGAAUUGCCAUCUCUCUAAAUACGAUUCGAAAACGCCUGUGUGAAAAAAAUGUGUAUUUUCGAUCAACUUUGAAGAAGCCUUUAUUAUUGAACAGACACUUUCUUAUUGAACAGACUGUAGCUAUAAAAUCAGCGACCGCGGAUGAACCGAAGCAGACUAAGAAUAGAGACCGGCAAGCAAAAGCGAGUAAGGAGGACAAUGAGGUAGUUAGCGAGCCGGCGAGUUCGCCAAAGAAGUCACGCAGUAGACAGAGAAAUGUUGCCGAUACUACUACCGCCACGACUACCGCGAAAACCGGUACGAAAAGUAAAUCUAAGGAACAAAUCAACAAGGAACCUGAGGAAAUGACGGUAGAGAGCAACAAUGAGGAAGUGGUUGAGAAAAAAACUCGCAGCGGCAAGACCGCAGCAGUGGUGAAAAAGGCGGGAAAGAAGGCGACUGAAACAAAGUCAAAGACUAAGGUCCCAAUUGUCAGGAAGCAAACUAAGACUAAGGAUGUAGAAAAUAGUCCUGUUCAGAGGCCUCGUCGCGCGAAAAUAGUUGAAGAGAAUGAUGCGCCAGCACAGCCCAUUGCAAAGGUAUCUAGGAAACGUAAAAAUGUGGAGGAUACGAAUGAAGCUAUUGCAGAGAUACAGACUAUCAAGGAGAACGAAGAAGAGGUAGAGGAGAAUGAAGCAAAAGCCAGUAAAAAACUUCGUGGAAGACAGAAGAAAAUGGAAACUUCUAAUGCACCUGUUGUGACCUCUAAAGGAAGAUCCAGGAAGAAUCCUGCAGAAGAAAUUGUUAAAUCACCACCAAAGAAAACAGAAAGAAAAAAACAAAAUAGCAAGGAACAAAAUGCAGCGAUACAGAAAGAUAAUACAAAAACAAAAAAUGUGAAAAAUACAAAAAAAGGAAAGACACAAAAAGCGGCUUCUAAAAGAAAACUUAAUGCUGUGAUAGAAGAGGUCAAUGAUGAUCAGGCAGAAGAAUCGAAUGAGGCAGAAGCGGUAACAACAUCUGAAGUGGAUGUCAAAGAAAAUGGAGAAGCACAUAUGGCAGAACCUAAACAAAAGAAGAGAAAUGUAGGUGAAGCCAAAGGAAAACAGAAAAAAGCACAAGUAAUUGCAUCUGUUAAUGAGGAAGAAGCAACACAAGAUGUAACUGCAGAGAAUGAAGCUAUUAAAACAAAUGUAAUAUCAGAAAUUGAUGAAAAUGAUACAAUUGUUUCUUCGAGUAAAGAUGAUAUUUUAGAGAACGAAAAAGAAAAAGAUGUCAGUGAUGUAAAUUCGAUAAAAGAAGAAUCUACCUCAGAAAUAUCAAAUAAUGAAAGAGCAGCAAGUUUUGUAUGCCUUUAAAAAAUACAGUUAAAAAUACUGUUAAAAAAUUGGAU